AUGAACGACCUGCCCCCUGGAAUUGUCUACCUCGCCCAAAGGCUUCCAAGGCUCGUACUGCCUCCCACCGUUGCCUACGCUCUUGUCCGGAUUCUCAGCUCAACAUACGAUACCGAUGUCCCCCUGUGGUUCCUCACUCUGGCUAUGGUUUUCAGCCUACCCUUGGCCUUGACCAUUGAAGUGCAAUAUGACCAAUAUCGAGUUUAUCGGGACGCCAGUCGACUCGGAGCAAUGCUUCCCCCUACGAUACCCGAUCCAUAUCCUGGAGGCAUUUCUGGUCUGUUUGCUGCAACGAAGGCAUUUAAGACGGGUUAUCCAGGCACGUCUGAUGGGAUAGACAAUUUGUGUGAGAAGGCCGGGGGGUACACUUUCAACCGAAGGGUCUUGUUCGAAAACAGGAUUAUCACUGCAGAACCAGAGCAUAUCAAGGCGAUACUAGCAACGCAAUUCGACGAGUUUGAGAAAGGCGAGGAGUUCCGAUCCGUCGUCUUCCCGCUACUAGGAACCGGGGUGUUUGCCGUAGAUGGUAAUCUAUGGAAAUUCCACCGCUCCAUGACCCGCCCCUUCUUCAGCCGCGACCGCAUCAGCCACUUCGACAUCUUUGACCGACACGCGGACGCUGCCAUCCAGCAACUCAAGAACCGCUUCCACCAAGGCCACCCCGUCGACUUCCAGGAUCUCGUCGCACGCUUUACGCUCGACUCUGCCACCGAAUUCUUACUGGGCAACGACGUCAAGUCGCUCUCAGGCGACAUUCCGUACCCGUACUACGUCACGCUGCCAGAGUCUGCCCUGGCCAAGCAAGCAGACCUCCCUGCGGCACGAUUUUGGAACGCGCUGUCGGAGGCCCAGUCAAUUACGUCGUAUCGGACGCGCUUUGGGACUCAUUGGCCUCUGGUGGAGUUUUGGCAUGAUAAACUGAAGGGACCGAUGAAGGUUGUCUAUGGUUUCGUUGACCCAAUUGUCGUCGAAGCCAUCAAGCACAAGAGGGAAAUGGAGGGGAAGAUCGAGAAGGACAGGGACGAUGAGACGCUUCUGGAGAACCUGGUUAACGAGACAGAAGGCAAGCAUUAUUAUUCUUAG